GCAAAGGCAAAGGGGUCAGGAGGAGGAGAAACCACGUGUUAUCCAUGUACAGCUUUGACUGUCCUUCCUAUGUAGACUUGUUUUUGUAAUAUCGUACCCUCUGCAUGUAACUGGCUAGCCCGUUAGCUAAGAAGAAGCAUUUCACAGAUUAACAUAGCAAUUUUGAGCAACAGAUUUCUGUUGCCACCUUUAAGCUAACUAGCUGCCACACUGACAGCCAAAUAAUGGUGAGCAAGACGGAUGACAUCCAGGCGUCAGUACCCAACUGUAAUGUUAACACAGUUGAUCUUGCAGAAGGAGAGACGCCAGACCACCAAGAGACCAAGGCACCAAACAAGGAUCCUUGUGCGUGUGGGCACAGUGCAAGCACAGCGGUGAUGAACGGGGGCGGGGCCCACUAUCAUUCGGAGGAGGAGUCCAAGCAGGAUGUGGGUGGUGACACGGACGGUGGGGAGGAUUCUAACGAACAGGAAGUGAUUGUGAUUCAGGAUACAGGUUUCACCGUGAAGAUCCAGGCACCCGGGACGGAGCCUUUUGACCUCCAGGUUUCACCCCAGGAGAUGGUGCAGGAGAUCCACCAGGUGUUGAUGGACCGUGAGGACACCUGUCAUCGUACCUGUUUCUCCCUGCAGCUGGACGGCAACGUGCUGGAUAACUUUGCUGAGCUCAAAUCCAUCGAGGGCCUGCAGGAGGGCUCCCUUCUCAAAGUAGUGGAAGAGCCCUACACAGUGCGCGAGGCCCGUAUCCAUGUGCGUCAUAUCAGAGACCUGCUGAAAAGCCUGGACCCGUCUGAUGCCUACAACGGAGUGGACUGCAACUCUCUCUCCUUCCUCAGUGUCUUCACCGACGGGGACCUAGGAGACAGUGGUAAGCGGAAGAAGAAGGGCAGUGAUCUGGAGCAGAUAGACUGUACCCCUCCAGAACACAUCCUGCCUGGCAGCAAAGAACGCCCCCUGGUGCCCCUCCAGCCACAGAACAAGGAGUGGAAGGUAAUAAUGACGCCCAUGCAGUGCCUGAAGGUCCUGACUAUGAGUGGCUGGAACCCUCCCCCUGGCAACAGGAAGAUGCACGGUGAUUUGAUGUACCUGUAUAUGGUGACUGUUGAGGAGAGACACAUCAGUAUCACCGCCUCCACACGUGGCUUCUACCUCAACCAGUCGACCACCUACACCUUCAACCCCAAGCCAGCCAACCCCAGCUUCCUGAGCCACUCGUUGGUUGAGCUGCUGAGCCAGAUUAGCCCUGCCUUCAAAAAGAACUUCACUGUCCUGCAGAAGACAAGGGUCCAGCGGCAUCCGUUUGAAAGGAUAGCCACACCCUUCCAGGUGUACAGUUGGACCGCCCCCCAGGUGGACCACACCAUGGACUGUGUCAGAGCUGAGGACGCUUACACCUCCCGUCUGGGCUACGAGGAACACAUACCUGGACAGACGCGAGACUGGAAUGAGGAGUUGCAGACGACCAGAGAGCUGGCCCGGAAGAACCUGCCUGAACGCCUGCUGAGAGAGAGGGCCAUCUUCAAGGUCCACAGUGACUUUGCGGCUGCUGCCACUCGUGGUUCCAUGGCUGUGAUCGACGGCAACGUGAUGGCCAUCAACCCUGGCGAGGAGACACGUAUGCAGAUGUUUAUCUGGAACAACAUCUUCUUCUCCCUGGGCUUCGACGUCCGCGACCACUACCGCGAGCUGGGCGGGGACGCUGCCGCGCACGCUGCGCCCACCAACGACCUCAACGGUGUCCGGGCUUACGGGGCCGUAGACGUGGAGGGGCUGUACACCCUGGGGACCGUGGUGGUGGACUAUCGUGGUUACCGUGUCACGGCCCAGUCGAUCAUCCCUGGCAUUCUGGAGAGAGAGCAGGAGCAGAGCGUUAUCUACGGGUCUAUCGACUUUGGGAAGACAGUGGUGUCUCAUGGGAAGUACCUGGAGCUUCUGGAGAGGACCAGUCGACCACUCAAGGUCCAGAGACACAAUGUGCUGAAUGAGAAGGAUGAGUCCGUGGAGCUGUGUUCCUCUGUUGAGUGUAAGGGCAUAAUUGGCAACGAUGGACGCCACUACAUCCUGGACCUUCUGAGGACCUUCCCCCCCGACCUGAACUUCCUGCCUGUGGAAGGGGAGGAGCUUUCCCCUGAGAGUGUGAGACAGGGUUUCCCCCGCCAGCACCGCCACCGCCUGGCCUGCCUCCGACAGGAGCUCAUUGAGGCCUUCGUCGAGCACAGAUACCUCCUCUUCAUGAAGAUGGCAGCACUCCAGCUGAUGCAGCAGAAAGCCAACAAGGAGAGCAAGAUGGCCACCUUGACAGAGAAUAGCAGCCCCGAGGCAGCCGUUCCAGCCCUGCCCUCCACAGAGAACCCCGAUGCUUCAGCCAAGUCCUCAGAAACUUCCACAGAAACCCUCACUGACGGCAAGUCAGACGCAGUCCAGAUAGAGACCACCUCCACCUCUGAUGCCCCUCAGCCAGCAGCAACAGAAGCCACCACCACAGAAGCAGCCCCCAAGGCAGAACAAACAACAGAAAUGGACAGUCCCUCUGCUGCAGCAACAACCAUUAAUGCCUCCCAGGAAACCCCUACAGAGGAUAAUGUGAUUCCCACGGUGACCACCAAUGGGCCAUCGGUGCCCGUUGCCACAGCGAUUCAGAACGGGGAGUGCGAGAGCCCUCUGGAGGGUAAGGCUGAGGCUGAGGAUAGUAUCCCGGGCUUAGCCCAGGCCAAAGAGCUGGCUGAGUCCUUAGCCGCGGAAGAUGGAUCCGGUAUCGACCCUAAAAGCCGAGAGGUGGUCCUCAACGCCUGCAAGGCCGUGGGUUCCAUCAGCAACACCUCCUUCGACAUCCGCUUCAACCCAGAUAUCUUUUCUCCAGGAGUGCGUUUCCCUGAGGACAGUGUGGAUGACAUUCAGAAACAGAAGCAGCUGUUGAAGGAUGCUGCAGCCUUCCUGGUGUCCUGUCAGAUCCCGUCUCUGGUGAAGGACUGUCUGGACCACAGUGCUCUGCCUAUGGAUGGAGCCACACUGACUGAGGCUCUGCACCAGAGGGGCAUCAAUGUGCGUUACCUAGGCAACGUGCUGGAGUUUGUGGACAAGACCCCAGCCAAGGCACAGCUGGAGCACUUCUAUAGAAUAGGUAUCAGCGAGUUGAUCACCAGAUGUGCGAAACAUAUCUUCAAGACAUACCUCCAGACUAUGUACUCCAUCUCCCAGGGUGUGGAGUUGUCGGCCCUCUCAGCCGCUGUCAGCCACUUCCUCAACUGCUUCCUGUCCUCCUUCCCUGAUGCCGUGGCACACCUGCCUGCCGACGAGCUCGUGUCGCGCCGCAAGAACCGUAAACGCCGUAACCGAGUCCCGGGGGGAGGGGACAACACGGCGUGGGCCAGCCUGACACCCAGCGAGCUGUGGAAGAACAUCGUCUCUGAGGCCCAGAGCUACUACAACUUCACCCUGCACUGCGAGAAUGCUGACCAGGUAGUGGAGAAAUACGGCCUUCAGAAGAUCACCCUGCUCAGAGAAAUCUCCAUCAAAGCUGGCAUCCAGAUCCUGAUAAAGGAGUAUAACUUUGACAGUCGCCACAAGCUUGCCUUCACAGAGGAGGACAUCCUUAACAUCUUCCCUGUGGUGAAGCACGUCAACCCCAAGGCCUCUGAUGCCUUUCACUUCUUCCAGAGUGGACAGGCCAAGGUCCAGCAAGGUUACCUUAAGGAGGGCUGUGAGUUGAUCAACGAGGCUUUGAACCUGUUCAACAACGUGUACGGGGCCAUGCACGUGGAGAUCUGUGCCUGCCUGCGUCUGCUGGCUCGCCUUAACUACAUCAUGGGAGACCACCAUGAGGCUCUCAGUAACCAACAGAAGGCUGUUUUGAUGAGUGAGAGGGUGCUGGGCGUCGAGCACCCCAACACUAUCCAGGAAUAUAUGCACUUGGCUCUGUAUUGCUUUGCCAACGGUCAGCUGUCCACUGCCCUGAAGCUACUGUACCGUGCCCGCUACCUCAUGCUGAUGGUGUGUGGGGAGGACCACCCUGAGAUGGCACUACUAGACAGUAACAUUGGCCUGGUGCUGCAUGGAGUAAUGGAGUACGACCUGUCUCUGAGGUUCCUGGAGAACGCCUUGGCCAUCAACUCCAAAUACCACGGACCCCGCUCCCUCAAAGUAGCCCUCAGUCAUCAUCUGGUUGCAAGGGUUUAUGAGAGCAAGGCGGAGUUCCGCUCUGCGCUCCAGCACGAAAAGGAGGGCUACACCAUCUACAAAAACCAGGUGGGAGAGGCCCAUGAGAAGACUAAAGAGAGCUCAGAGUACCUGAAGUACCUCACACAGCAGGCUGUGGCUUUGCAGAGAACCAUGAACGAGAUCUACAAGAAUGGCUCCAACGCCAGCAUCAUGCCACUCAAGUUCACAGCACCCAGUAUGGCCAGUGUUUUGGAACAGCUCAAUAUUAUCAACGGCAUCAUCUUUAUACCACUCAGCCAAAAGGACUUGGAGAACCUGAAGGCGGAGGUUCAGCGGCGGCAGCAGCUUCAGGAGUCAGGAAAAAGCAUGGAGGAGCUCACUGUGGACGGUCCACUAGAGCUGGAGGACAAAAUACCCAUGGACGUUAAUGUUGAUUAACGUCAAACCCUCCAUACCACACUACUUUCUACAAGGGAACAGAUGUGAUGCAACAGCCAUCUCCUUGAAUGAGCAUGUGGACCCGAGAACUAAGCUGUCUAAAAAUGAACAAUGAAAACAAGAAGGGAUGAAGGGUUGUUUGGGGCAGUCAAAGAGAAACAUCUAUGUAUACAGUAGGUAGAGCGUUUAUAAGAGGAGCUUCAAGGAGUAACAGAGCAAGUUACAGUAUAUACAGGGGUAGGAGAAUUUAAUAAAAAGAGAAUAUAGAAUCCAUGUUCAAUCUGAAAGCCCGUAGCCUCGAGCUUUGGUAAAGAAACAGAAGGAGUAAGUGUCUGUGUGUGAAAGCGACCAAGGAAGACCAUGACAUUGUAUUACCAGAGCCUUAUCCACUGUUCAUCUCACUCCACAUCAACCAACUGUUCCCUCUACCCUCUUCAACUUUUAGCCGAAGGAACACGGUUUACCCCUGCAACACCUCCAAUACUCCUGAGAGCCACCGAGGCGACUAGGGCUUCCGGUUUCACCAUGGCCCCAUGUUGCCUCGAAAUAACAACUGACACCCUGUCCCAAAACUCAGGGGAUUAUUAUUUUGUUUUACUGUGAACUAGAUCAGACUAAGAAACAGUAAUUAAAAUUAACAGCGAAUUCUGUCAUGUUGGGCUACAGAUAGGAAGUUCUCUUCUCGUGCGGUUAGUAUUGUUAAACCUCACCUCCAGUCAUCCAUUUACUCGCUAGUGUUCCCUACGGUCAGUCAAACUAUUUGUAUUUCUAUUUAUCCCAGGUGGGUGGCUGCUGUGUCCUUUGGCUCUAUCACAGCAAUCAAACAGUGACGCGUGUGUGCUCUCAACCAAUCUUUUAAAAUGAUUUGUUAGACCUUUUUUCUGUAAAAAUGUAUCUUUUUGUAAAAUCAAAAUGAAAGGGGGGAGAAGAUUUUUAGGUCUGUCAAUUAUCCAUUAAUUGAAAGGUAGAAUCAUUGAUUUCUGCAACAGCUAAGAGCUUUGAAGCACGAGGCUAAACUCACCCACUGUUUUGGUCCGUACUAACAGUGUGACACGAACCCAUGCACAUGUGCUGAUAUAGUGUAUUGGCGCGAAGUCUUGGAUCUCGCUCAUCGCAUUAUCUGCGGUGCUGCUCGUGGCAACGUCAUUUCACUGAGUCUACCUUUAAGCCAUGUCUGUUUUUAUAGAAAAUUUGAGUGGAAAAUAUGUAUAAAUAAAGCUGUCUUUGGGUUUUAGACAGGUCCUUGAUCAAUGUUGAUGGAAAUGCAGAUAUGAAACGUCCAACUAUGGCUUGAGCAGUAGACUCUAUAGCUCUCUUAUAUUAGAUGUGUCCAGUCUUCUAUUUUUCCACUUUUAAAGAAUAUGUGCAUGUAUGUUUGUGUACUCUGAGAGAAGGAAUAAGAUAUGGCCAUGGUGUGCAACAGUUCUGCUGCUUCAUAGUGGAAAGGCUAGGUUGGGUAAGCCACGACCUUCCAAAUGUUUUAUUUUUUAUACACAAAGGCUGUGUUGACACAGGAAGGCCAAUUCAGGUAUUUUGCCCAAUUAUUUGGUGGCUCCCGAGUGGCGCAGCGGUCUUAGGCACUGCAGUCUCUGGUUCGAAUCCAGGCUGCUUCACAUCCGGCCGUGAUUAGGAGUCCCAUAGGGCGGUGCACAAUUGGCCCAGCGUCAUCCGGGUUUGGCCAGGGUAGGCUGUCAUUGUAAAUAAGAAUUUGUUCUUAACUGACUUGCAUAGUUAAAUAAAGGUUACAUUUAAAUUCACAAAAGAUCUGAUUGGUCAAAAGACCAAUUAGUGGCAAGAAGAUCAGAAUUGGGCUGCCUGUGUAAACGCAGCCAUCGUAAAAUCAUGGGACGGCUAAUAUAAACUUUUAUUCUCAUGUAACAUUCUUGGCCAGCGACGUUGUAAAUCUGCUCAUAUGAAGUGAUUAUGUGAGAAACUUCACCCUAUCAUUUGAUAGAAUAGACAGACUAAACACAGCACCACCAAAAGUGGGUUGAGUAAGGCUGUGUUGAGUAAGGCUGUUUGUCUUGCAGCACUUCAAAAUAAUAAGAUCCAGCAUGUUCUAUAUUGCUUUAGUCACAUAAAUUUUUACAGCGCAACAAUUUUUAAAGGACAUUUGCAAGGGAGGGUUGGUCACAUUGCAUGUACACAAGCGCACACACACUUCAAUAUACCAAAAAAGACUGAUAGAGGUGUGUGUGCGCUUGUGUACAUGCAAUGUGACCAACCCUCCCUUGCAAAUGUCUUUCUAAAAAUUGUUGCGCUGUCUAAAUGUAUGUGACUUAAGCAAUAUAGAAGUUGCUGGAACUUAUUAUUUUGAAUUGCUGCACUUGUGUUGCUGCAAGACAAACAGCUGUCAUUGUAAGUAAAAGGAUGUCACCAAGAGAGGGGGAAAAAACACUUAAUAUAAUUAAUUUCUUGAUUAUUAUGCUCCUGAAAAAAAUUGUGGAACAAUAAUAGAACUUGGUAUGUGAUUUGUGCCUAAUGUAUGCUUCGAAAUGGAACCAGGGUGUUAAUUGGUUUUCUUGUCAGCCCUUCAAAGCUUGUUUUAAAUGUUAUUUUUAUUUUAUUUUGGUUUAUUUUCAUUUGUACUCAUGUUUGUCAUAGGGACAUCACUGGUUUCCUUUUUAAAGUGUAUCUGCAUUUCCUUCCUCCCCUCAGGUUCAACUUCCUCCUUUAUGAAUGUCAGUCCUGUUUUGUAGUACCCUUAGUGGCCAUUGGGCGGUGCACUAGAGUACUUCCUUUGGAACCAUCAGAAACAAAUGAAAAGGCUUUAUUAAUGUGAAAAAUGUUUUUGUCCCAUAAGGAUGUUCAAAAGCAUAUGUCCAGGCUAGUGUGUAAUUAUUUCAUAUGUUUCUCAUUCGAUUGACUUUGAGGGAAGCAAAAUAAACAAGUAUUUGAUGGAAUUGAUGACGACGUGAACCUGAAAAAUUGCAAAGGCUGCUACUUGAUGAACAUUGGUGAACUUGUUGAAACCCUUAAGUCUAUUGUUUGAGACUUAGACAUUUCUGAUAGAAUAAACUCGUUGAGAGUGAUCAAAAAUA